UCCUAAGCUACGUGUCUUUGCCUUCUCAAGCCGCCGUCCCGCAAUCAGUCAUGGAUCAGGUAAUGCAGUUUGUUGAGCCAAGUCGGCAGUUCGUAAAGGACUCAAUUCGGCUGGUUAAAAGAUGCACCAAGCCCGACAGAAAAGAAUUCCAGAAGAUUGCCAUGGCCACAGCCAUAGGAUUUGCUAUCAUGGGAUUCAUUGGAUUCUUUGUGAAACUGAUCCAUAUCCCUAUUAAUAACAUUACUGUGGGUGGCUGA